UCUGAAUAGCAUGAAUGUGCAGGAUCACAUUCCAGAACAGAGGAGGAGAUGGGCGGAGCCUCAGGAGAACAGGUGUAUAAAUGUUGUACAGAUGAGAGAGAAAGAGCAAUAGCACGACCGGGAGACUUUGCUGAAAGAGGAAACCUGAGAACAGAUUGUCAAGAUGCUUAAAGGAUUAUUAUCAGUGCUGUUGGUCCUCGUGGCCUUGUCCUCCACCAUGGGAAAGCCAGAUAAGGCAGCAGUGAAGAAAGAGAAGAGAGUCCCUCAGACUCUUUCCAGAGGUUGGGGUGAUCAGUUGAUCUGGGCUCAGACAUACGAGGAAGCCUUGUUUUGGGCACGAUCCAAGAACAAGCCCCUCAUGGUUAUUUUUCACUUGGAGGACUGUCCACACAGCCAGUCUCUGAAGAAGGUUUUCGCCGAGGAUCAAGACAUCCAGAAGUUGGCUGAUGAAGAAUUUGUCAUCUUGAACCUCGUGUACGAGACAACAGAUAAGCAUUUGUCUCCUGAUGGGCAAUAUGUUCCACGAAUCCUCUUUGUUGAUCCCUCUAUGACGGUCCGGGCUGACAUUACUGGUCGCUAUGCCAACCGCAUGUACGCUUAUGAGCCAAGCGACAUCAAACUCUUGUUGAGCAACAUGCAAAGAGCCAUGAAGUUUUUGAAGACGGAGUUGUGAAUCCAAACGCAGGACCCUACUGUCCGCACUUCCCUGAGGGUCACUUUUACUUUGUCAUUUGUUUACUGACAUCAAGAGACGCACUGUAAAGGCAUGUACAAAUAUUAAAAUGUGGAAUAGAUUCUGUUACGAUAACCUUCAGGCUUUAAAUUGUUCUUUUAAUGUAUUUCCCUGUUCAUUUCAAAUAAAUUAAGUCGUUAAGUCAACAAA